AUGAGGAGCCUGGCCGCUUCCUAUUUCCCCCGUUAUAUCAAAAACGAAAUGUUGCGUCAGUUGGAUGCUGAACCCACCAUUGAGUCCCCAGACCACCUCGUAGCUACAUAUGGCGUGGCAACAAAUGAGCUGGAGCACAAGUAUAUGCAGCAGGACUGUCUGGGUGAAGGAGGAUUCGGCUCAGUGUACGCCGGCUACCGCAGAGAUGACCUGCUGCCUGUGGCUAUUAAACACAUCCCCAAAAACAACGUGAAACACAUCACUGUGAUUGUGGAUGGAGAACAGAAGGAAUUCCCACUGGAAGUGGUGCUUUUGGCGAUGGCAGGGGAAGUCGAGGCCGUUGCCGGAGAGACGCGACGCGUCUCCGUGGCGCUGCUGGACUGGUAUGAGCUACAGGAGGAGCUGGUGAUCGUGAUGGAGCGGCCAGUGCCCUCCAUGGACCUGUUCCACUACAUCCAGGACAGUGGAGGUCACCUACAAGAAGAGGAGGCCAAGGUAAUCCUGAGGCAGCUAGUUGAGGCUCUGGUCAGCCUCCUCUCUAAGGGAGUCCUCCACCAAGAUAUUAAGCCAGAAAACAUUCUGGUACAUACAGACCCUGAGGGUCUACGCAUUCGCAUCCUGGACUUCGGUGUUGGCAGCAUUUUGCGAGAAGGCCACACCAGUUUUUAUGGAUUGGCUGAGUGCACUCCUCCUGAGUGCUGCCUGCAGGCUUUUCCCCAGGCAGAGCCGUCCAUAGUGUGGCAGAUUGGAGUUGUGCUCUACAUCAUGCUUCAUGGAGAGCGCCCCUUCAGCAACACCUGGGAAAUGAUGACCAAAGACCCCUACAUACGAGACCAACUGUCCCAAGAUUGUGAGGAUCUUUUGAGGAGCUGUCUGGACAAGCGGUCUCGAAGCAGACCCUCUCUCCGUGACAUACUGCAGCACCCCUGGCUAAAGUGA